AUGAGGUUUCACGCGGUCCCUGGGGAGGAGCCCUUCCGCCUUGCUGCUGGAAUUGAUUACCCGCCAUUUCAUGUAAAAAGCAGGAGACCGCUCAUCAGCCAGGUUCAUAGAAGGAGGGGGCUUAAAAAGGUUCAGUUCCCCAUUAGGUCCUUCACCUGCUAUCCCCGAUGGUCCGGCUCCCAUUGCAACAGGGUCGGCAGGCAGCAGCAGCCGAGCUCCCUUCUCGUAGUGCCCCUCGCAUUCCUGUUCUCAGCCCGCUCUCCUCUCUGCUCGGUCUCCCCAGUACUUGCCUCACCUGGACACGUCGUUCUGUUGUUACCACUUGCCAGUCACGAUCUCUUCCUUCCUGGAGUUUGCGUGUUGGGAGUCCGUGGAUCAUGGCUGAAACUGCACGCGUUCUCGUCUCCUUCUCUGGCACAUCAUUGUGUGGAGCUGCUGAACGCCACUAUCUCUAGCUCCUGUAUCGUCGUGCCGGCGCUCAGCUCCCCAACUUCGCUGUUGCCUACUGGACCUGCUGCUCUCUCUGCAACAGCUCGUCGGCUCCCUAGAAAUUCCCCAGCCGUCGCCUGCCUUCUCGCGGACGUUCUCCCUCGUCGCGUCCGCAGCGCUACCGCGACUUCAACAUCGCCUAGGUGCCCCCUACUUGGUUUCAGGCCAUUGCACCAAACGCGCAUCUCCAAAGUGCCAUCGAGUUUCAUCUCACCUCACGGUGGCCAGGGAUCUUCCAAGGUUUCCUCGACCGUGUGGCGCUCGUUUUGUGCUCACGUAAGGUCAGUGAAGCUCAUCAACUUGGAAUUUUUAACUCUACUAUUUUGUGCUGACCAGAACAGAACUCCGCCGCCGUGGUUUGGCGCCGUGAAUUACCCCUGCGUCGACCCGUUAACUCGCGCCAUUUCCGGUCGAGUUCACACGCGCACUAUAGAGCUCCCAGCAGAAGGAGUGUAAAUUCAAGAUGAAGUGGUUGUGGAAGAGGAGUUUGCUCCAGUGCCUAUUCAUCAAGUGGAUGGAGCUAUCUAACUGGUUAUUGGGUAGAAGAUCUAGAACCUCUUCUCUGCAACAAAGGCA